CAUUUCGUCAACGUUAAUUUUCGUGUUUAUUGUUACAGAAAUGUUUUAAGUACAAAAGUUAUUUUACAUUUUUAAAAAAUAUGUCAAAGUACCUAGAAGUCAACGUGAAACAACACCCGAAAGAAAUCGUCGAAACCAAAACAUGUCCAAAUCAAGUACUUUAUAGGGCUCCGGUACAUUUUAUGGGUCGAAAAGCUCCGGCGCCAUCAGUCGACGGUUUGGAAAGCAUUCAGAAGCCUUUACGUGAGAUGUACACUGCAUGUUCAUGUGUGCAGGUUAUGAAACGAGAUACUCCAAGAGAUGGAUAUCUAGUUGUGUUGAGCAGCGGUCUGUGCAUCGUACCAGUCAAUCCGUUAGAUCAAAAACUUUGGAUAAGAAUACAGGAUUUCAAGGGAUGUGGAGUUGUAAGAGGUGUGGGAAGUGAUUAUACACCCAAUGGAGCCCACACAUUAACGUUUAUGCCGAUAAAUUCGCCUCAAGCUAGAACAAGUCCACUUCCCACCAUAUUUACCGUCUUGGCGGCAAGAGGAGAAUGCUUACCGUUAAUUGAUUGUUACGCAUUCUCAUGUCCAAGUGAAGAAGUUGCAAUUUCAUUGGCGUCAUCCACAGAACAAGCUUUUUCUGAUCGUAGUGGAUGGUCAAACAGCAAUAAACCGCCUUUUGAAAAUUUGUGCUAUCUGGAUGAACAAACAAAAUGCCCAGAACCAGAAGAUUCGUGUGAAUUCGUAAACCCUGAACUUUACAAAAAGCCGCCACUCAGAGGUUUCUUUUACGCACCGAGUCCUGGUAUGAUUCGAUCAUAUGACUUGGGUGUAGAAGCUGAAGCCACCCUGAAGCCAGAACUUGAACUAGUUCCGGAUAAUACACAAGUUCCUCAUGAGUGUUUAAUUGUCAGUCAAGACAUACAACCUCAACAAAACUAUUUCUGCCCAUCCUUUCAAGCAGAAAUAAUUCGCCAACCAGCAGAAACACGAAAUAUAUAUAUAGAAGUCGAUAAGACUUUCGAUCAGUGCAGCAAUCCCGCAAAAGUUAUUAAAAAAUCGUACGAGGCAUUCAAACCCCGUCAAUGUGGCACCAACAAAGCAGGUUCGUUAACCCAGGACCCGAGAACAAACACGUGCAAUUUGGUAGAUUUGAAUCAGUGGAUCAGCGCCCAACAAGCCGCUGCAGCAGUCCCGAACUGGACGGAGGAACAAGAAGUAUAUCCACAGUCUGAAAAAUUGGUGAUGUUUGCACCGGAGUUCGGGUCGUUUGAUUCUACGUUUCUACAGGGAGGUUCGUACACCUAUCCUACCGAGGGACCGUAUGGCAUCUAAUACGUUACUAAAUAUUUUACUACCUUUUACUUUUUACUACAAAGAGUAAGAAGGUUCAAUGAUCAUUUUACGAUUUCAUUUAUUAAAAUGCUGCACAAUCAUUUAACUUUGCCGUAUUGUUUGUCAUAUUUAUCGAUUUUGACUAAAUUAACAAUUACUUCUUAACAUUUGACUAAAUCAAUUAGACCACUCUUAUACUAUAAUAAAACAUUUUUUAGUUGUAUUAGUUUAUUGAAAACAAAUUCACAUCUUCAACAAUGUAGAAAUUAACAUUUAACAAUUAACAGCUUGAAUGUCCUAAAAUUUUGAUCUAUUUGACUGCCUUUCAUUGCCAAAGUAGACUGAAAUUAAAAAUUUAUUCAAUUAUUGUUUUAAAUGUUGAUACCAAUUAAUCAAAUUUUGAUUUUUGUUGUCAUGUUGUGAAAUUCAUUUGUCAAGUGUCAGUUACGUACAAAGGAAAGGCAAUAAACAUGAUUGUGAAAAAAGUCUUUAGCCUAUUAAAAAUGUAUAGCAAAACAUUUUUAAGUAAUAAGUUAAACACAGGCAGUAAAAAUAUUAAUAUUAUUUCACAUAAUUAGUAAAAAGUCAUUAAAAGAAGAGAAUUUAUGCAACCUGAAAAAAGUUAAUGGGGGUGUACCAGGCUCAGCUCCUUUCCUGAAACCUGUAAUGGUAUUAUAAAGACCAAUCAAUAUGAAAUUAAGAUACUUUCACGAGAAAUAAUUAAAUGUGUAUGUUUAUAUUGAUAUGUAAAAUAUUAACAAGUCUUGCUUUAUUUUUAUUAUCAUAAUUUUAUUAAUCCUUCUAAGUAUUGGUUUUAUCACAUUUGUAUGGUCUCAGACAUAUUUAAUGUACAUUCAUUUUAAUAAACAUAUAGAAUAAAUAAAA